AUGGGUUCUUCAGACGAUGGUUACGACGACCCAUUUGCUGGAAUUUACGAGCCAUUUUCUGGGCUAAAUGAGAUGGAUUUUGAGUUGCACGGGAUUUACAUGGAUCAUGAACCACGACAGGAGUUUGUAUCAAGGCUUGAUAAAUGUAAGGAUCAUUUUCUUAACAUUCUACUUUGUGAUGCGAACAUUAGAAAUGCAAGUAUGACUGAUGAGAUGAAAGAUCGAGUGGACCAUGGUAAUGAUUUGCAAAAUGAUGAGGAGGCAGAGGAAGAAGUGACUAACAAAUACAGAAUACACGAUCCAAAUGUUAGGUGGGAUAUGAUGGAACCUAAGUUAGGGGACGCGUUCGAAUCACCUGCACAACUGAAAUUCUGUGUGACAAACUAUGCAGUAAAUGGAGUGUACCAAAUAUACUUUCAGAAGAAUGACAAUAGAAGAAUUGUUGCAAGAUGUGGUAAGAGACAUGAAGAUAAUAAAUGCCCUUUUAGAAUUUAUGCAGCAUGGAUGUACAAUGACAGAACCUUUCAGGUUAAAGCAAUGAAUUCUGAGCAUCUUUGUUCUAGAGUGUUUAAAUUUGGGUCUAUUGUUAACCCGGAAUGGAUUGGAAGACACUAUGUAACUGAGAUAGAAAAUAAGCCUAAAGUUAAACUUAGGGAGAUGAUCAGUGACAUCAAACAAAGAUAUAGAUGUGUGGUAUCUAUAGGACAGGUUAGAAGGGCAAAACAGUGGGCAAAAGAACUGAUUGAGGGUAAAUUAAAUGAACACUAUGCAAGAAUUUGGGAUUAUGCCCAAGAAUUAUUGAGAUCAAACCCUGGGUCUACAUGCAAAGUUGGUGUUACUAACAAUCCAGAUGAUAAGAAUUAUUUUAAAAGGUUUUGCAUAUGUUUCAAGGCUUUAAGUGUUUGCUGGAAAAUACAGUGUAGGAAGGUAAUAGGGUUGGAUGGAUGCUUCCUAAAGGGUCAGGUAAAAGGUGAAUUACUCACAACCAUAGGUAGAGAUGCUAAUAACCAAGUGUUCCCAAUAGCUUGGGUUGUUGUUGAUGUGGAUAACAAGGAUAAUUGGACCUGGUUUCUGGAGCUUCUGAAGGAUGAUAUUGACCUUGGUACUGGUGUAGAUUUGGUUGUUAUUUCUGAUCAACAUAAAGUAAGUUCCCUUAUAAUUAUAGUAUACUUCAAUUUGAUUAUUUCAAUAUGGUUAUAA